AUGUCGCGUUGGUGUUGGUGGUGGGGGGGUUGGGGGGGUGACACCAGCGGGAGGGGAAAGAGAGACAGCCUCGGUGACCCCUCCCAGCACUACUCCCAGCCACUAUACUCCUCUCCCAUACGCCUCAUUCUCACUCUGCAGACCUAUCCCCUCAUGGACCGCCGAGAGGAACCGGGGACUCCUCGUGGAUGCAGUCCAUACGAUGAGGAGCGACUGCGGGGCGUCAACGCGUCCGCAGCGGGAGUGGAGCGGAGCGGACCGCAGCAGCAGCAGCAGAAACAGCAGCAGCAGCAGCAGGCGCACAAGGACGGCAGCAGCUCGGAGCCAGAAUCGGACUUCUAUGAGGAGAUAGACGUGAGCUGCACCCCGGAAAGCAUGGACUACCCCACGGGGAAAGAUCCUAACGAAGACUCCCCUCCUCCCCACCACCUCCACUCUCAUCACCACCACCACCACCACCACGCAGAUGGAGGCACGGACCCGGGCAAGGCCGCAGCGUCCGGCCCGGGCUCCCUGUCCUACACGGCGGACCAGAUUCGCCGCUACCGCACUGCGUUCACCCGGGAGCAGAUAGCGCGUCUGGAGAAGGAGUUCUACCGGGAGAACUACGUGUCCAGGCCGCGCAGGUGCGAGCUGGCCGCGGCCCUCAACCUCCCGGAGACCACUAUCAAGGUGUGGUUCCAAAACCGGCGGAUGAAGGACAAGCGUCAGCGCCUGGCGAUGACGUGGCCCCACCCUGCGGACCCUGCCUUCUACAGUUACAUGAUGACGCAUGCGGCCAACCUCCCGUACCCGUUCCCCUCUCACCUCCCGCUCCCGUACUACGCCCCCGCGGCCCCUACAGCCGCCGCCUCGCCCUUCCCCAGCUCGCUGCGCACCCUGGACGGCUUCCGCAUGCUGUCGCACCCGUACCAGAGGCCAGACCUGCUGUGCGCCUUCAGACACCCGUCACUCUACCCGUCCCCACACGGGCUGGGGCCAGGGGGCAGUCCGUGUACGUGUCUCGCCUGUCAGACUGGGGGGAUCGCGUCCAGAGCUGCCGCUGCUGCCGCUGCUGUCACCGCGUCUGCCGCUUCAGACUUUGCGCCCACGAGCAGGACUGACGCGUCUUUUGUGACGUUUUCGCCUCCGGUGAUCAGCAAGUCCUCCGCCGUGACGUUGGAGCCGCGGGAGGAGGCGCUCACCAGAUAA